GUCUCUCCUUCCACUCGAAUACCCUAUGAUAUCAUAGAAACGGAAAUCUAAAUUAAGCGCAAGCGACAGCGAUUACACGCAAACAUCCACGGGCCAACCUCCUCGCUCCCAGUCCAGUAAUUGCCAACCUCACACAUCCUCAUCAAACAUCACACAAAACUCCACCAAGCGCGUCCCCACACACCUAACCCAAUGGCCCACAAAAAACCAGCCAACUCCGCACAAGCCCCCCCGCGCCCCCACCUCUUCGCCCGCCUAAACUACCUCCACCAAUCCGCGCAUCUCCUGCUCACCUCCGGCUCCCCGAACCUCUCGAGAAACCUGGUCUCCACGGCGCGCACGGUUGCGAAGAAGACAGUUAUCAGGUUCGACCCAUCGGUGAAGCGCACUUGGUGCAAGCGCUGCGACGCGGUGCUCGUGCCCGGCGUGAGCUGCGAGCACAGGGUGGAGAAUCUGAGUAGGGGCGGGAGGAAGGCGUGGGCGGAUGUGCUGGUUGUUAGGUGCUGGGGGUGUGGGUGUUUGAAGAGGUUUCCCGUCGGGAGGGGGGGAAGAAGGGGCGAGAGCGGGGGGAAUGGAGAAGGUGGGAAGGCGCGGGAGGGGGAAUGCAAUGUUGCGGGGGAGGGGAAGGGAAAGGGAAAGAAGGUGAGGGUGAAGGUGAAGGGAGGAGAAGUGGGAGAUCCUACGGGUUGAGGGUGCAUAUCAUGAAUAUCACUGCUUCUAAUAAAAAAACAUUCCGGUACCG